GGCAGGGAAGGGGUGGGGCUGUCACUGAGGCAGGGAGGGGUGGGGCUGGCACUGAGGUCACAGAAGCAGAGUGAGUGGCGCUGCUACUGAGGCAGUUGGUAGGGAUGGAUGAGGGUGGGACUGGCACUGAGGCAGCAGUGGGGGGAAAAGCAGGGCUGCCACUACAAUAACAGGACCCAAGACGGUGGGGCUGGCACUAAGACAGCUGGAAGGGAAAGAAAGGGAAGGGGCUAUCACUGAGGUAAUAGGAGCCAAGUAGGCGGGGCUGGCAGUGAGGUACUAGGAGCAGAGUGGGCAGGGCUGGCGGUGAGGUAAUAAAAGCAGAGUGGGCGGGGCUAGCAGUGAGGUAAUAGGAGCAGAGUGGAGCAGGGAGGGGUAGGGGUUGGGCUGGCACUAGGGCAGUAGAGCGGAGAGGGAAGGAGAUGCUGUCUCAGCACAUGCUUGGUGGGUGUCUGUGAAGAUCCGUGGGGGAUGGGGAUGCAAAUCUGUGCUCUGCUCCUGCUGCUGCUGAGCCCAGGACUAUCAGAGACCUCAACAUUUUCUUAUUUUGAAAUAAUAGUGCCAAGAAAGCUAGAACCAAGAGAUGGCAUUGGCAACAAGGGGGGAAGCUUUAAGAAGUAGGUCUGGCAUUCUCCUGGAGUACUGGGAUUUUAAGUUCAUUCUCUAUGUCAUCUGAAAGGAGGAGGUGUCUUAUCUUAUUAGAGCAGAAGGAAAAGACUAUAUUAUUCACCUGUUACAAAAGAAAGAGAUGAGAAUUCCAAGAGCAAGACAUUCCUCUUUGAGGUGAUGAAUGCAUAUCAGCACUUUUAGGAGAAUGUUCAUAGCUCCACAUUUCCCAGUUAUUACUUACAAUCAGAAGGGAGACUUGAUAACAGAUUAUCCAUAUAUACAGGAUGAAUGCUACUACUCUGGAUAUGUGGAGGGUAUCCCGGAAUCUGUAGCAGUUCUCAGCACCUGCUCUGGACUCUGGGGACAUUUGAUGGUUUACGAUUUAAACUAUGAAAUUGAACCUGUUAAAUCUUCUUCUACAUUUCAACACAUUAUUUAUCGAACGAUGGCUGAAGAAGAUUCACCUGGUCGAUGUGGAGUAAUUGAUGUAGAUAUCAAAGACCAAGCAGCUGAAAACAGAGAACAUCAAAUACCUGAAUUUCAAACUGAGAGACAGCUUGCUAUAGGUAAAGAUGAACUUAAUACUCAUGACACAUCUUCCAGAUACUUAGAAUGUUAUUUUAUAGCCGACAAAGCUAAGUUUCGUCUUGAAGAUUCCAAUGAAACUUUAGUGACAAUGAAGAUGCUUCAGUAUAUCCACUUAACAAGUGAAAUGUACCGUCCAUUUGGUCUUCACGUUAUACUGAUUGGAUUAGAGAUCUGGAAUGAAAAGGACCUUAUAACAAUUACUCACCUUUUGGAUCAGGUUGUUGGAUUUUUUUUAAACUAUGUUCAAAAGUUCCUUCGGCACCGGGCACAUUUCGACCACACAGAAUUAAUCGUUGGUGGAGCUUAUGAAUAUGAUGGAUAUUCAUAUGGAGACAAUCUCUGCACUAAUUUUCCCUCAGUAGCUACUGUCAAAGCAAGAUCUAAAUCAGUGCUCUAUGAUGCAAUCAGUGUUGCACAUGAGAUGGGCCAUUCUCUUGGCUUCAUUCAUGAUAAUUCUAAGAGAAAUGUAGCUAAAGGCUGUGUGUGCAAAUGCAUCAGAGGAGGAAAAUGUGUCAUGUGGUCACAUGCUUCGAGGAUACUGUGCACAGAGUUCAGUAACUGCUCUAGAGCAAAAUAUUAUGACAUGAUAAGAAAACCAGAAAAAACGUGUCUACUUAACAUACCAGAAAGGAAAGCAUUUGGAGUACAGACAUGUGGUAAUGGUGUGAUAGACGAGGAGGAGGAAUGUGACUGUGGCCUGGAUGAGGUGUGCCAACAGAAUGGUUGUUGCCUGGCCAAUUGUACAGUAAAGCCUGGUGCGGACUGUAUGUCUGGACUUUGCUGUGAAAACUGUGAGUUUCGUAGAGAAGGAAAAGUAUGCAGAAAAAGAAUUAGUGAGUGUGAUCUCCCUGAGUACUGCAAUGGGACUUCAGAAUGGUGCCCAAGUGAUGUGUUUAAGCAAGAUGGAACGCCGUGUGGUAACAAUGUCUAUUGUUUCCAAGGGAGAUGCCCCAGCCUCGAGAGACAGUGCAAAGCUAUAUUCGGCAAAGCAGCACAACUGGCCCCACUGACUUGUUACAAAGCAGUGAACACUAAAGGUGACCGGUGUGGCAACUGUGGUGGGGAUGGACUUGCUUACAAAAAGUGCCAAGUCAAGGAUGUCUUGUGUGGAAGACUGCAGUGUGUUAAUAUUAAAAAAAUACCUCGAAGCAAUAGUUUUGGGUCCAUAGUUCAAACUCCAGUUGAUGAUAUCUUGUGUUGGGGUACAGAAUUUAAUGUUGGGAUGGAGGUAGCUGAUGUUGGAUCAGUGAAAGAUGGUGCAGCCUGUGGUGAUAACAAGAUAUGUAUAAACAGGACAUGUGUCAAUAUAACGGCUCUGAAUUAUGACUGCACUGACAAAAAAUGCAGCGGUAGAGGGGUGUGCAAUAAUAAUCGAAACUGCCAUUGUAAUUUUGGGUGGGCUCCUCCAGACUGUAAGUUCAAAGGACGUGGGGGAAGCAUUGACAGUGGGCCACCUCCAAUUCUAAGUGUUUCGAAAGACAUAAUUUUAGGAACUGUAAUUGGAGGUGUUCUUUUUUUCCUUUUGGUCACCAGCUUGGCAUUAUUUAAAAUACCUCAAAUUUCUCAAUUCUUUGGAAGACAAACUUGAGGGGAAAAAAGCAGUAUUUGAUCUAAAAAUUCGAAGGUAAACUAUAAAUUUAACAAAACGAAGAAUACUCGAAGUUUGAAAAAAUAAUGUUCUUAUCAUUUCCUCCACUGAAAGAGCAUAUGGAACCCUACUGACAUAUUGGCAUAUUAAAAUUCCCAGAUGCAUGGGAUUCAUGAGUAGUUUCAUUUUUUGAAACUGUCACUUUAUUUUAGUCUUGUGUUCCACUUUUUUAUUUAAAUAAACUGGUUUUUUUCUUAUUUAUGCUUCUCUUCCAUAUUUUUCUCAGCAUUUUACAGUAAAAAGAGCUGAUUAAUAGCAACCAACCAACCAACCAAUUGCUGAACUAAUCAGAGGUCUUUAUUGCCAACUUCAAACAUAAGGAUCAGACUCUGAACAUCCAGGGACAGUGAAUUCCAGAA